UGGGGGGUGGACUCGACCUCUGGAGGUCCCUUCCAAACCCCACCGUCCUGCGAUCCUGCAUCCUUCCCGCAGCAGUGCAAGUGGUGGCCGUGUGGCUGCUCCGGGGAGCGGGAACAGCACUGUAAAUUACUACCCAUUUCAAGUCGUUGCUUGAAGACGGAGCCUCGGGGCCCCGUACCAGCGCCUGUUCUCUGCCGCUAAGGCCCCCGGCUCGGGGCCCUGAGGACGGGAGCAGGAGAGCCGUGCCGGGCAGCCUCGGCUUCCCUCCCGCUGAGGUGCCGCGGCGGGGCGGCUCUGAAGGAGGAAUGGCUCCGGCCUUACUUCGCGCUGCCGGAGCGGAGCCGAACCACCUUCCUCCCGCCGGGGAAAACCACCUUAACGCGGAGGCAGGAAGCCGCCGGGCCGCCAGGCACCAAUCAGGCCGGCCUGGGGAGGGACGCGGCGGCGGCGGCAGCCGGGGAGCGCUGACGGCGGGGAGGGGAGGCCAAGCCGGCCCGGCGCUGCGAGAUGGCGGAGGGCGGCCCCCCGGGCGGCGGGGAUCCGCCCGCUGUCUCAGGCGGGCAGGCAGCGCAGGUCGUAACUUGAAGGAAUGGCUGCAGGAGCAGUUUUGCGACCACCCCAUCGAGCACUGCGAGGACACCCGGCUGCACGACGCGGCCUAUGUGGGGGACCUGCCCACCCUCAAGAACUUGCUGCAAGAUGAGAGCUUCCAAAGCCGGAUCAACGAGAAGUCAGUGUGGUGCUGUGGCUGGCUGCCCUGCACGCCGCUGCGCAUCGCCGCCACCGCCGGCCACGGCCCCUGCGUCGACUUCCUCCUUCGCAAAGGGGCUGAGAUCGACCUGGUGGAUGUGAAGGGGCAGACCGCCCUCUAUGUGGCCGUGGUCAAUGGGCACCUCGAGUGUGCCAAGAUUCUUCUGGAAGCCGGGGCUGACCCCAACGGCAGCCGGCACCACCGCAGCACUCCUGUCUACCAUGCGGCUCGUGUGGGCCGGGCAGACAUCCUCCAGGAGCUCAUCAGGUAUGGUGCAGACGUGGAUGUGAAUCACCACCUUCCUUCUCGGGCUCCCAGCCACUCCCUGCGGCCCCUCACCACGCUGGUGGUCUGCCCUCUGUACAUCAGCGCUGCCUACCACAACCUCCAGUGCUUCCGACUGCUGCUCCAGGCUGGAGCCAACCCGGAUUUUAACUGCUGUGGGCCCAUCAACAUCCAAGGCUUCUCUCGAGGCUCCCCAGUGUGUGUGAUGGAUGCUGUCCUGCGGCAUGGCUGUGAAGCAGCAUUUGUCCAUCUCUUGAUUGACUUUGGAGCCAAUCUGAACCUGGUGAAAAUGGAAGCCUUGGGAGCUGAAUCCACAGGAAGGGUCAAAGUCAACCCUGAGGCUCUGCAGGUGUUCAAAGAAGCAAGAGGCCGCACCCGGAGCCUCUUGUCUCUCUGCCGCAUUGCUGUACGAAGAAUACUUGGCAAAGCUCGCCUGGAUCUGAUACAUAUUCUUCCAAUCCCAGACCCCAUUAAACAAUUUUUACUUCAUGAACACAGUUAAAGGGCAACUGGCUGCUUUCUGGACAGUUUGAUUUGGUAAAUGAGUGCACUGAUAAAGCCAGGUGCCAAUCCUAACCCUUCAUCCCCAGUGGAAUAACUGUAUUGCUCAUGGAGUGCGCAUAAUUCCCUGCCCCUGUGAUUUUUUCCCCUCCAGAUUUAGGGUGCAGUGAUUUGUUUGUGUCUGUUCUUAAGCUACUGGUUAUCCAACUGGUGAUUUCUUGUUUGCAACUGGUUGGGCAACAAGGCUGAUCAGUGUGUGUGGCUGUUACAUGAGCAAAUACAAUAUAUCCCAUAGCUGUUAGCAUAUGUCUGUUUGUUCUGACUACCUCUGUUACUGAUCUGUGUUACACACACCUUGGGUCUCAGUGGCACUUCUGUGCGGAGAAAAGACUCGUACUGAAGUCUUUUCUCCUCCUAUAGUGUACAAGAGAAUCUCUCCUUGCCUUGGUAAUGGUUUUACAACACUUGCUAUUCUCUUUCUGCCAUCAGUACCUGGCCUACAUGGUUGCUGCUGUAAAAGUUGGUGUAUUUUCUCCUGUCCUUUCCUGGUGUGAAAUACAUCAAGUUUCCUGUCCAGUGCUGUGCGUUACUUGAAAAAAUGUAUCGGUGUCUCUGCGUGCUGCAGGGUAGCUGCUGCCUUGGCUUUCUUUGUGUAGAGGCCCCAUCACACGGAUGGGAGAGUAGCAGAAUGUGUAAUCCUAUCCUGUCUGAGUAGUUUCUUCAGAGCACCAGAUCUGCUGUGGCAGCUUGGCUCUCCCUCUAGACCAUAAUGGACAAGGCAGGGGCUGGCCAGCUCUCCUCCCGACUGCCUGGGACUGAGUCAAGUCUCCUGACCACUGCCAUAGCACAAAUGAGAAGAUGAAAAGGUAGUGUCACCUCUGGAAACUGAUAACUGCACAGCCUGUCAUGGGUGUAUUCCCCACAGUUUAGUCACCACUGCAGUGGUGGUGGGAUGAGGACUGUGAUACUCAGAAUAUGCCAGCACAUUAACCCUUAAAAAUUUCUGGAGUACUUAUUGGAAAAGCAAUGGCUAAAUGAAUGUUCUGUUCACUGCAGAAUGAGUUUUUCAAUAUUUGAAAGUGACCAGGAGUGACAGUGGCAGGGGGUGGUUACUGAAUGAAACUGUUGUGUUGCUGUGCUGGAUGGUAGUUGAUGCAAUGCCUGUGAAUGUUUCUGUGGAGAAAAAGACACCAAAUGAAUUUCUAGACUGCCUGCAUGCUGUACUGCGGUAAUGGCGAUGUUACUGAAAGCCCAGUAAGGUAGCUGACAAUGCACUUCACAUGGAAGUUCCUACCUACAUUUUACUCCAUAUCUCAUGGUGACAGUAUGACCAGAGAAAACCCUCCCAGAUCCACUUAACUUGUCUUUCCUUGAAGAGUGAGGAGAUGAUGUGUUUUUAAAGGCAGCAUUGCAUCCAGCAGCCUGGGCUUCUUUGAUUUUCAGUGCCUCUACAUUGCUGUUUACCUUCAUGUCACAAGUUCACAGAAGAGUGUCAUUCUGCAGUGAGCCAACAGGCUCUCAUGAGGAUCUCAGGGUCAGCCUGCUCCUUAAAGGUAAUGAUAUUGUAUAGGAAACAUUGUCAGAAUAGCAACUUCAGAAGGACAGAGAUGAUGGUCCCUUCAGGGUAAAAACUCAGGUGAUAAUUGGUACUUGCUUUUACUUCACUGAUUUGAGUUAUUUUUCUUCCCUGUGUUAUAGGUUGAAUUUUUGGACAGUUUUUCUUUGCCAGAUGCUCUUCCCAUGCUCAUGCAAGUUGAGAGUUUAUUUAUUGUAUGCUGUUAGUGCCUAGGGACAUGUUCAUAGCUGAGUUAAGCAUGGGAUGGCAGGGACAGUAAGACAGUCCCUCCUGGGAAUGAAAUCAUCUCUGGUUGCUCUUCCCCUUGACCCACUGCCAGUAACAGAAAAGUGGAGUUGUUUAAGCUACCUUGCAGUUUGGUUCUCAAUGCCUUUGGCUGACAG